ACGAUUGUGAUCCAACACAAUGGGAACAACUGCGGCGGGCGGUAUACGAGUAUAACGCUGUGUUGUGGUGGUACUCGAGCGAUCUUCAAGAAACCCACCGAGAACGGUCGUAAAACGGUUAACGCACGAAUUAACCGUGUGUACACGGUCGUCACGGGAUUUCAAUCCAUAUAGAAAGUACUUGUCUUCUUAAUCUGCUAACCGGAGAUUCAUCGGUUUAGUGUUAUUACUUAUUAGAAUACAGCGCUGCGUCCGGAUCCGAAAGCACAUAAUCCAGUGGGAAAACUAAGGCCACAAAACCGUUCAGAGUUGUUCUUGUAAAUUGAGCGUGUUCAGAUUCGUCAAGAACGGUGGUUGGACUUAUCCCCGACCACUCUAGGCCUUUGUUCGUGUCGAAUUUUUGGCAGUACUACCAAAUGCUUGCUGGAGAUUUUCCAGCUGAAAAUUACUCUUAAUCACACGCCAGCUCGACGCUAACCGAGACGCACGUGAAUCUCCGGCGAGGUUUUCAACAGUUUCGAGGUGUAACGGUAUUAUGUAAAUAGCUUUUGACAGGACGGCGAUCUUACGGGUCGUGUCUAAUAGCCGACGAAAUGACUUUGCGCACUCGCCAAAGGGUUUGAACGCGAUCCAAGCGUCAAUCAAGAGCCACUGCUCUUACACGGGAGUCGUCACAGUGGUAUAAGAAACAAUCACAAGAUCUACGACGGCGGUGUUAACAUGCAUAUAGCCCAAGGCCGCGGGAACGACGAUACCAGAUUGGUCUUGCCGGAGCUCAUCGGUGUCGCGUGUGCGAUUCGCUUCGUAUAGUGUUGCACCUCCUCCUGCUUGUCUUAUACCUAAUAUAAACACACGGUGUUGUGUGUACAAUGGCUCGGUGUUUUUUUUUAAAUAAAUUGUAUUUUUAAACUGGUUUGCUUGUUCGAAGAGCUCAUUACAUAUACACACACACAUUGUCGUGUGUGCGGGGGCCGGAGCGGUCACAACUACGUGGCGCCUUGCGCAUGAACUUACAACGUUUAUAAGGUAUAGGUUUUAUAUAAGACAUAACCGUCUGGCCAUAUGGUGGCCGCAAAAAACAAAAAAAAAAAGCAAUCCGGAGAUUUGUUGAUCGAAAUCAGCGUGUUCGGCCAAAAGGGCAGAAAUAAUAAUGGACAGAAAAACACGGUAUAAGUGUAAUGUACACCGACCAAAAAAAAAAAACGAGUUUCCAGAUUGAAUAGCUCGAACAUCUGCUGCCGCCGCUCUUCUACGGACAUACACACAUAGGUACCUAACCUAACCGAAUAAGAGAGAGAGACAUGUGUUAGGCACAGUCUUCUCCGAGAUUGCACCUGGCGGUCGCGGCAGCAGCUGCUCCGGGACACCCGUCACGCCGAUCGAGGUCUACCUAUGGCCGAAAAACCCGGAUCAGUUCCGAUCGAGUCGCGGUACCGUGCCAACGUGGUGAUCGACUCGCCGCCUCUUGUGUUUUUCUGUAUUGACAUUUAUUAUAUGAGUGCGUUUAUAGUGCCAUCAUUAUCAUCAUCAUGUUCUCGUGCAAGUCCCGGUACGCGUGCGGCAAGACCGGCGGCGGCGGCGGUGGUGGUCCGUACAGCGACAGCGACGAAGACAGCAGUUACGGGUUCAAGGUGCGGUCCUUGUCCGGCAACAGGACCAGGGCCGUCACCGACCGGUCGACCGACCAAGACUGCCCGGAAGACUAUCACAUCUACGGCAAUUUGACUUUCGGAUACAAGCCCAUACUCAAGACGCGGUUGUCGAGCGCCAACAGCUCGAUGAGACGUCGGGCGCCGCCCAAGAGAACCGUCAGCUUCUCCGGCGUGGAGUCGCCCGAACCGUACAGGCGCAGGUGUGCCGAAAGACCGCCCCCGCCCUGUUACAACGUGGCCGUCAGACGGGCGGCCAGCUUCUCGGCGACCAGGAAAAACGCGGCCGAACUCGUCGCCAAGUCGUGCCAGAGGACCAGGAUGCCUCUGCCCCACGAACAACAGACGGUCAGCCGCCCCAACGGCCAAAGGGUCGUCGUGGACGUUCACCGGUCGGCCUUGAGGCGAACUCAAUCGUUUAUCGCGUCCGGAUUGGACAGUAAGAGCCCGUCGAAACCCGUCGACGAUGGUCCGCUGAAAACGCCGCCUACCCCUACGGACAUUGCCGGGCAGCGCAUGGACUCUUAUCGGUUCUCCAUGGCCAACUUAGAAGAUACACAAGACGUCGACCUGGACGCCGUGUUGGGUGAACUGUGCGCUUUAGAAUCGCAAUACCAGAGCACGGCCAGUCUAAUGGAAUCCGAAAAAAUUAUUGAUGCCAAUUCAAUAAACAGGAUGCUGUCGAAUUCAAAUCAACCGGGAACAGUGGUCAGAACCGACAGCCCGGACAACGAUUCCGCGUUUUCCGACUGCGUGUCCCUGUUGUCGAGCAGCGAGAGUUCGGCGUCGAGCGGCACCACCAAUCACUCGGGCAACAAGGAGAACUCGAAAGCCGAGAAAAUUCGGCUGGCCCUGCAAAAGAUGAAAGAGGCCAGCGUGAAGAAGCUGUUCAUAAAAGUGUUCAACGACGACGGCGGUGCCAAAUCGCUGUUGGUCGACGAGGGCAUGCGCUGCAGUUAUGUGAUGCGUCUGUUGGCCGACAAACACCACAUAAACCUGGGACCGCGCUGGGGGCUCGUCGAACAUCUGCCCGACCUUCACAUGGAACGCGUCUACGAAGAACACGAGUUGCUCGUCGACAACUUGAUGUUGUGGACCAGAGAUUCGAAAAACCGUCUGUUGUUCGUGGAGAGGCCGGAGAGGACUUUGAUAUUCGAAAACCCUUCGCUGUUCAACACGGCCGACCGACAACAGUCGUCCAAUCACGCCGGCGCCAACUUUGCUCAAGAAUACUUCUGCAACGGCGGUUUGCCCAGCGUCGAAGGACCGUUGUAUAUCAAGACAGACUCGAGAAAAGGCUGGAAGAAGUACUACAGCGUGCUCAGGGCUUCGGGGCUGUACUAUUACAAGGACAAGGUGUCGCGGCUGCCCAAAGAUCUCAUCUGCCUGGCCACGUUCGACGUGAACCAAGUGUACUACGGCGUGGGCUGGAAGAAGAAGUACAAGGCGCCGACCGAACACUGCUUCGCCAUCAAGCACCCGUGCUUGCAACAGCCCAAGUCGACCAAGUACAUCAAGUACGUGUGCGCCGAGGACGAGCCCACGUUGCAGCGGUGGAUGUCGGCUAUCCGGAUCGUCAAAUACGGCCAACAGCUGUUGGACAACUAUGAGUCUGCACUGUCCGGCGGCCACUCCAUGAUGCGCAACACCGCCGACUUGGAGGACAUCGAGAGCGGGCUGUCCGAUUCCGGGUCGUCCGGGUGCGACGUGGCGUUCGAGUCGGAUUACCCGCCGUGCGGCACCAUAAAACGCAAACCGCCCAAGCUGCCCUUGACCGCUACCACCAGGCAAUUGACCUGCUCCCUAGACGCGGCCAACACCACCGCGGCCGCCCCGUCCGGCCAACACCACACAGGCGGCAACCAACUGUCGGCCGCCGUCAACAAUUCUUCACUUUCGUCCAUCUGUUCCGCGUCGUCCGCCAUGAAGACCGGCCAGAAACCCGUCAAGACAGUCAAGUUUGCCGACCGGACGCCCAGCCUAGAAUCGCUGCCCCCGCCGCCGCCCGAGCUGUUAGUGGACGAUGACGAACCCAACGACCAGGACAUCAUGGACGUGCCGCCGCCGCCACCAAAACUGUUGUCGCCGCCCAGCACGGCCUUCCUGGCCGACUUGCACCGCGUGGUGUGCAAAAAAUGGCAAGUAGCCCAAAAGUGCAAGUCCGACACGAUGACCACUCCUCACGAGGUGCUCGGGUUCCGGGAUCUUAACGGCCAACAGCAGCAGCAGUACAGCCGGGAGGCCAACGUCAGCAAUUGGGUGGCCGAACACUACGGACCCAACAACCUGUACGAGAACAUUUAUCCCAAAACCACGCCGUCACCUCCACGGGCCCCGGUCACGACGGGUGCAAUGCUCAAAAAGAGGCCUCCUCCACCGCCUCCGCCGAGAUCAGAGAAAACGGUGCUGUCCAGAGUCACAAUUUAAAAAGGACGUCUCUCCUCGUAUACUUCCCUCUCGCUUUACAAAAUACCAACUUAAUAAUAUUGAUUUGUUGUAUACAUAGUAACUGUUUAAUAAGUAUGAUGUACAUAAUAAUAUCAUAGUAAAUUUACUAACUAAACACACGCUGUUAUACGGUAUAUUUUAAUAUGAGUACAAUUGUUACUGUUACAUGUAAUAUCGUUGCUUAAGAUGCAACACCUCAUAUCUCAUUUGUUGACCAAAUAACAUUGGUCACGCUGUGUUUCAGUUUGUGCGGGGGAAAUUGAGUUAAUUUGUGGUGUUAAGUAUUAAGCGACGUUAUAAUAUUAUAGGUAGUUUCGACUUAUACACGUUAUUCAAGUGUUGUUGCUUCAUUAGAUAUUAUUAUUAAGUUUUUUUUUUGUUCACAACCGAAUUGUUCUUAUUAUUCUAUUAUUAUUAUUAUUUCAAGAGCUUUUAUUGUAGUGGUGAUAACGAUACACGCUUAUACUAAGUUAUUAUAAUAUUUGUUUGAAACCUCGACCGGUCGAUAUAAUCGUGUCAAAACUAGUAUAUAAACUUUUUUUUUUUUUUUUGUUUCGGUUGUAACGCCGUACUUAGACAAUGGUUGAAAGCGGCGCUAGGCCGUCGCACACUCAUUUAUUGUUUCCGGAUGAUAAUAUGUUACUAAAAGACUGUAUUUUUGUGUUGAUAUUAAUAAGAAUUGUUUUAUAUAAAAAUUAUAAAUAUAUUUAUAAAUAUGUAUGUAGUAUGUAAUAGUUACAUGAUAAUGGUAUUAAUGAAAUUUUGCAAAUAAUUCUAUGAUGUUACGAUAAACGCUCGUUGCAAUAAUAUCGCGUUAUUGGUGCUUUUUUAUACAUAUAUAAAAAAUUUGUUUCUUUUCUAUAUUUGCUUUAUGUGUUACAAAGAGCUACGGUAAACAAUCCGAAACGUCUACAAUAAUAUUUAUCUAUUUUUUUUUUUAACUGUAUAAUAAUAUUUUUUCCAAACGCAACAUUUUUAACUAUUAAGUGGUUUAUUAUAAUAUUAUUUUUUGUAUAAUUUUAUAAUAAUUUUUAACGAAAACUAUACGUGUCAUAUAUUUGUAAUACGGUCAAUGUUUUUUUAUUAUUAACAUUUAUAUGUAAAUCCCGAAUCGAGACCGUAUCGUCGACGGGUGCCCAAAUCGUUUGUAAUAGAAUUUUUCAAAUACUGUUUUAGAAAUA